AUGAGCAAACCAAUUGACCUCGAUCAAAUCCCCAAUCCACGUACACAGAAAGAAUGGCGUGUUUACAAGGAAUACGUGGAACAUCUGAAGGCAUGGGGCGUCCCAUUCGUUGGCAGAACAAAAUGUGAACCAAUCGAAACCGACGGAGUUGUUAAUCAACUGAGUAAAAUGGGAGUUGGUACGAAGAACAACGAUGGAACUAAUUCAUCCGACACUUCAGCUGCCUAG